AACAGAAAAAAACCCAAAUAACUUCAAACUAAGAAACUAGAAACUAGGUAGGCCUACUCCUACUGUUUUGUUUUGCUUGCUGUUGUGUUGUGUUUGUUUAAUGUUUACUAUAAAAUCGUGCGUGGAGGUGUUCUCUGUCUAUCUCUGUUCUCUGUUGCUGUCUUGCUGUUCUAUACCUACACUACCUACCUAGGAGCAAGGCUUAGGAGUGGAGCAUUGAAGCUAACCUCUUUUGUUUAUUUGUGCAGUGCAGUUUAGUUAAAGCCUUUUACAAAAAUAACAAGGCCAUCCUUAUAUUUAAUUAAUUACAACUGCAAUAAACCAAUAUGAGCAAUGAGGAAGAUUCAAAGAGUUCCUCCAAAUCUUCUGCGUCUGGUAAAAGUUUGGACAGAAGGAAAAAGGACGGUUACAAAGAGAGUCAUAGUAAAGAAAUAGAAAACAAUUUGAAUAACUACAAAAUGGAAUAUGAAGAUGAUGAUGACAGGAGUCCUAUGGAAUGGAGUGAUGAUGAUGAUUCAAUACUAAACCAUUUGAAUAAAGCUGCUACACUACAAACUGCAAAGAGAAAAAGAUCAGUCGGCCCUUUUGAACUAAACUUUAAUUGUGAAUGGAAAGGUUGCUCUUUUGAAACUAGUGAAGAUUCAAAGUUUCAUGUGCAUGUAAGCUAUCAUAUACCAGAUGUGGAAGUGAAAACUAUGGGGAAUGGUGAUGAGGUUUAUGUUUGUCUGUGGGCUGAGUGUUCUUAUAUGACUGGAGAAGCAAAAGAGAUUCAACGACAUGUCACAUAUCACUCCUACCACACCAAGCUGAAAAAUAUCGGAGAAAAAAUCGCUCAAGAGUGGAAACUUCCUAAAUGCUUGUAUGGAACUGAGACAAGGAACCUCAUUCCAGAUAAGAUUGAUGGAAUGGUUUGUGAAUGGAAGGAUUGUAGCAAAGAGUUCAACAAUGUGCAGCUUUUUCUCUACCACAUCCACAUGCAUGUAAAUGAGAGCUUCAUGACCUCUGAUUCCAAACGGGAAAAGUUUAGCUGUAAAUGGAAAGGCUGCUCCAGAAGCAAUAUGCCGACCAGGGUUCGCCUGAUGGACCACAUGCGCACACACACAAGGGAGAGAGUAGCGGCGUGCCCUACAUGUGGUCAUGUCUUCUCAACAAACACCAAGCUCAGCGACCACUGUCACCGUCAGAUGACCAAUGAGGGAUCAGAUUUCCCAUGCAGCCACUGCUACAAGAACUUCCCUAGUCUUCGUCUACUCAAAGAUCACAUGAGAGGACAUGUCAACUUCUACAAGUGCUGUUACUGUGACAUGACUUGUUUCUCCAGACACACCUUCAGUGCUCACAUACGCUACAAACAUCUUGACUCCAAGCCUUUCAAAUGUUCAAUGUGUAAAUAUGCAUGUAAGACCCAGUAUGAUCUCAAGACGCACCUGACCAGUCAUGACCCUGACGCUCGUCUGGGCUGUGAGGAGGAAGGGUGUGAGUUCUCAUGUCGGUCCAAACAAACUCUUCAGAGACAUAUGAUAGAUCAUCACCAAGUAACUGCUGCUUCCAUUUACUGCUGCCAUCUGUGUGAGAGCAAGUUCAAGCGAGGCUGCUAUCUCACUAAGCACCUGAUGACCAAACACUGCCUACGCUGGCCUUCAGGUCACUCCAGGUUUAUGUAUCAAAGACAAGAAGAUGGUAAUUUUAGGCUGCAAACUGUACGCUAUGAAAGUGUAAAGCUUUAUGGAGAAAACAGUCAAAAGUCAGCAGCCUCCCCUUCAAAGAAUGAGUCAAAAUCAUCAUCUUUAAGUACAUUGAAUGGUUCAGCGUCAUUCAAGGUGUCCAACAUAGAGUCAGACUCCAACAGUGGAGUGUCUCAGGUUUUCAUCUCCAUAGAGGACGAGAGUGGAAAAACCAUCAACUGUGUAACAGCGCCUGAGGUUGUGGGCGACCAGAUACCCAAAUUUGCUACAGUCAUUGCUUCUGCUAUGGAAACAGAUACAGAUGAUACGGGCGAUGAAGUUAAAAAUAGCUACUAAAGGUGAACAGAUUGAAUACUUUGAAGGACAAAAUGUUCUUAUUUUAAAGGUAUGAAGACAAGAAAUGUAGAGUCAAUUUUUGAACAGUAGCUUUAGUUUGGUACCUACCUACUACUACCAGUAUGUGAUCAUGUUGAAAUUUGUUAACGUAUUAUUGUCAAAUUAAGAAUUAGUUGGCAAAUUUAUUUAAGUAUUUCAUGAAAGUACUUACAUAGAAUGGGUUUACAGAAUAUGAAACAUAAACUGUGGUAACAUUCUGAAAGUGAUUCAACUGUGCCUAUAUUCUUGGUUUAAUUUUGGCACUAACAAUUUAAAUACUUGAAAUUAAUGAUAUUUUUAAAGUUUUGUUGCAUUUAAAUAGCUGCAUAGUAGAUAUAUGAAUAACCACAUCUGAUCUAAGAUGUUAAGAAGUUGAAGGAUGUGUAUAUUUCAAUAUUUCAUGACAUUGUUAGUUUUAUCUUUAUUUUAUACUUACAACUUCAUUACUUUCUAUACAUUUCAUUAUUAAAUAUACCACCAUUAAGGUUCUUAUGAAAUAGGCUAUUAAGUUUAUUGAAAGUUUAAAAUAUUAUAGAGUAAGUAUUGUAUUUUGACUGGUGUAGUUCUCAAGUUAAGUUUGUUUUAGAGCCAAAUGUGAUGUAGGAGCAAACAUAUUUUAAUAAACUUUUACAGUGA